CAACUCCGUACCUGCCGCAAUCCUGGUUGAUCGCAUCUAACCCUUGCUCCUUCCCCCCCGCAAACGCUAAGCGCUUUUAUGUCUUGUUUACACCUUCAUCCCCGCCGAUCGCCUGUCGUGUUUCCUCAAACUACGACGCUGCAAGCAUAGUAAGCCCGCUGUCCCUGCUGCCGACUGCUUCUAAACCUUGGAUCUUCCACUUUCCGCAAUUAUGGGUAUUGUCAUGCGGCCAAUCGCAAUGUCACCUCAUCUUGUUCCCCCGCGAUUGUGCCCUGCCCACAUGCGAUGAUGAUCGACUUUCCCACCUUCAACCCCCGGAGGAACUAGGCUCACGGACUCCGUCAGCGCGGCGAGGGGGAGAAAAAAGGGAAAGGAUCCCAUGUGCAAAUGAGGGAGUAAUAAAAGAGAGUAUAUAACCAAUUCGUCCUCCCACCACCCAUUCCUUCUUUUGCCCCUCUCCCGUAAGAAACCAACAAGCUUCAAUCCAUCCAAACAAACCACCUUCACUUCCACCCUCAACCCCCCAACCAAACCGUCAACAUGCGUUUCUCCAUCCUCCCCAUCGCCCUUCUGGCCACCACCGUCGUCGCUGAUGGCGCCUCCAUCCUCGCCGCCAUGGCCAAGAUCUCCAGCGACACCUCCAAGCUCAACGCGACCAUCUCUAACUUCCACGGCGGCCUGAUUGGUCUCGGCGAGUCGAUCCCCAUCCUGAUCCAGAGCACCACCCUUCUCCACGACAUUAACCAGGGCACCAAGACCGCGACCGCCUCGGCCGAGCUCACCUUCGACGAGACCAUCCAGGUCGCCGGCGCCACCGCCGAUCUUGUUAAGGGCGUCCAGUCCUCCCUCCAGACUAUCGUCGAUACCAAGCCCGAGUUCGAUCAGCUGCUGGUUAUCAGCCCGGUUAUCUUGAUCAACCUUGAGCAGCAGAAGGCGGCGACGGAUAAGUUCAGCAAGGCUGUUGUUGCGAAGCUGCCGGAGCAGUUCCGUGCUAUCGCUGAGAGCAUCACUGCUCCUAUUGAUGUUGCUUUCGAUGAUGCUAUUGCGAAGUACAAGAAGUUCUUCUAGAUGUAGAACGGGAUGUUAAUUUUUUGGGGGUGUUUCUUCGGAGGAGGGUUUGGUGAAUGAUUGGAUGUUUUGAAUAUGAGGGGG